CGGCACGGUACGGAGCGGACCUUUUCCCCGCCGCUGGGACAAGUUGGAACCACGGGACACGGAGAACAGCGCCGAUGGUAUGAGGAGCCCAUAUUGCCUCGGCUGGGAGCCAGCUGUGUCAGGCGCUGUCACGGAGAGCGUUUGUGCGAGCUGCGAUGGGACACAGUGAGGCUGUGGACGUGAUAAGAGAUCUCUGCACUGCUGCUUUUCAAUCACAGCCCCGACACUAGACAGAAGAAAAUUCCAUUAUCCACGAUUAAUGUCAGCCGUGUUGCGGAGGCAGCCUCAAGCUGCACCGCCAGAUCUGAGACAACUCAUGGAGGCGUGGCCUCAACGUUUCCAUCGCUGCUGCCACUGACUCCAGCCCAGUGAACAGCGAUGCCUUCUAAAGUCUCCUGCUUAUACUUGCUGACGGUGGUUUGCUGGGCCAGCGCUCUGUGGUACCUGAGUGUGUCCCGCCCCUCCACCUCCUACGUGGGCCAGGUGGCUAUCCCUAUAAACCCAAAGGCGGGCAAAAACGGCACUUUCACAAACAUCCGCACGCGCUCGCUCAACCCGCACGACUUCGACUACCUCAUUAACGAGGAGAAGAAGUGCGAGGCGGAGCCGCCCUACCUGGUCAUCCUCAUCAGCACCACCCACAAGGAGUUUGACGCCCGGCAGGCUAUAAGGGAGACAUGGGGGGACGAGAGCUCGCUCGCCGACAUGCGAGUGGUCACGCUCUUCUUGUUGGGACGCAGCACUGAUGGUGUCCUCAACCAGAUGGUGGAGCAGGAGAGUCAGAUCUUUCAUGACAUCGUGGUGGAGGAUUUUAUCGACUCCUACCACAAUCUGACGCUAAAGACGCUGAUGGGCAUGCGCUGGGUGGCCACCUUUUGUUCCAAGGCUCAAUAUGUCCUCAAGACGGACAGCGACAUCUUUGUCAACAUGGAGAACCUUGUCUUCAACCUCCUGAAGCCCACCACCAAGCCCAGGAGGAGGUACUUCACUGGCUACGUCAUCAACGGCGGUCCCAUCAGAGACAUGCGCAGCAAGUGGUACAUGGGCAGGGAUCUGUACCCGGACAGCAAGUACCCCCCCUUCUGCUCCGGCACCGGAUACGUGUUCUCCGCUGACGUGGCGGAGCUCAUUUACCAAACCUCUUUACACACCAGGCUGCUGCACCUGGAGGACGUAUACGUGGGCGUGUGCCUCCGAAAGCUGGGCAUCCACCCCUUCCAGAACAGCGGCUUCAACCACUGGAAGAUGGCCUACAGCCUGUGCCGCUACCGCCGGGUGGUCACCGUCCACCAGAUCUCCCCCGAGGAGAUGCACCGCAUAUGGAACGACAUGACCAGCAAGAAACACCUGAAGUGUUAGCAGGGAGAGCCAGGGAGGAAACGAAUGUUCCUUCAUCACCUGCUCCUCCAUCAUCGACAGCGACAAAUACUUCAACUGACUGCUGGAGUAUUGAUGGGGCGUCCGGGGCUUUGUCCGGGGGCUGAUUGCUUUACGAGGAAUUUCUAUAGCUCAAAGCCACUCUUCUAACAAAAGAGGCACAAAGCCUGACACAUGUUUAUCAAGAAGAGUGCAACAUGUCCAGGUGGUUGGUUGUCGUUGCCAGCAGCACUAUGAUGUUUAUGGGAAACAGGAAGCGUAUGGGCUGAACUACUCAUAGAAACUUUCCCCAAUUACAUAAAUGCCAACGUUGAUUGCAGACAUUCGCCUGUUGUGUUGAGCACAGGCUCUACUUAUGAAUGUUCUCAUGUAUUUUCAGUUGUUGUGCUUUCUGAAUGUUGGAUGUCGACAUCGUGAGGACCGUGGUGAGUUUAAAGUGGUAUUAAAGACUCUGAGAAAGCAGCUCCUAUGUAAUAUUCCUUUCAGAAUCAGACAUAUUUUCUUACAGAACAUCCACACAACCUUGUGAAAAGGUUUCCGGACAGUGUGAAGAAACUCUGCUGCUUGCAUUCCCCAGGUGAAUGUUACUCUGUUGGUGUGUAAUGUGCAGUUAUUCGUCACAAACAGUGCUGAGCAAUGCUGCAGACUAUUCUAUUUUCUAUGACUUGAAUAUAAAGAUGUACUGUUAGAGCGGCGAGGACAGAUGAGUGCUUUUCUUCUUUUCAAUUACUUGAGAUCAAAUAAAGU